AACAUAACAAGAUCAGUAAUGGAGGACGAUAUGGACUUGUUCGAUGCAUUUGAUGAACCUUCAUCUUCGGGCAUUCAGCGACAGCAUGUACAGGGAUCGAGUGCUAGUGGUAGCAAGCCAGAUUCAAGAUCAAGAAAAGAGCAAAAAUUAAGUAAAAGAACUUCACAUCAAGCUCGAGAUAUUGCUGAUGAACUUAUGCAGCAACUAGCGCAAGGAAAAGCUACUGAAAUUGAUGCCAAUCUGAUGCAGAAAAUGAACAGAGAUGAGAUGGAUACCGAUAGUGGGAAUAUUCAAAUGAAAAAAGUGAAACGUUCUGCUAGUACUGAAGAAAUACCUGGUUUAGAUACUCAUCCGAGAAACAAUAUAGAAGUUGUGGAUACCGUGGGGAACUGCACGCAUGAGGUUGUUCUACCGUCCAAAAUGAAUUACAUUCCAUUAGCUCCGCGAACAACUUCUCCAGCCAAGAUGUAUCCAUUCCAAUUAGACGCUUUCCAGAAGGAAGCAAUUACCUGCAUUGAUAACAGUCAUUCUGUACUUGUGUCAGCUCAUACAUCUGCUGGAAAAACUGUUGUUGCUUUGUAUGCAAUAGCAAUGUCUCUUCGAGAUAAGCAACGCGUUAUAUAUACUUCACCUAUUAAAGCUUUAUCUAAUCAGAAAUAUCGAGAAUUGGAAGAGGAGUUUGGUGAUGUUGGUUUGAUGACUGGUGAUAAUACAUUGAAUCCUAAUGCUUCCUGCAUUGUAAUGACGACAGAAAUUUUGCGGUCAAUGUUGUAUCGUGGUUCAGAAAUUAUGCGAGAAGUUGGUUGGGUUAUUUUUGAUGAAAUCCACUACAUGCGUGACAAAGAACGCGGUGUUGUUUGGGAGGAAACAAUUAUUUUGCUUCCUGAUACUGUACACUACGUUUUUUUGUCAGCAACAAUUCCAAAUGCACGGCAGUUUGCAGAUUGGGUAGUUUAUCUACAUCAGCAGCCUGUUCAUGUUAUAUACACAGAAUAUCGUCCGGUACCUUUGCAACAUUUCGUGUAUCCAUCUGGUGGUUUUGGCUUAUAUGAAGUUGUUAAUAUGCAGGGACUUUUUCGAGAGGAUAAAUUUAAUGAAGCUAUGAGUAUAUUGUCGUCCUCCAUUGAUACAUCAAGAAAUAAAAAUGACAGAAGAAGGAGAGGUGGAACGUCGGGUGCUCCUCAUGUUGUAAAUAUAAUACGCACUCUUAAGGAACGUGAUAUGAUUCCAGUUAUUAUUUUCUCAUUCAGUCGCAGGGAAUGUGAAUCAUAUGCAACGCAGAUGAUAAAUAUGGACUUUAAUAGUGAAGACGACAAGUGUAAAGUCAAGGAGAUAUUUGUUAAUGCAAUCAGCUUGUUAUCGGAGCAGGAUCGGAAAUUGCCUGAAAUUGGACGAGUACUUCCUUUGUUAUUGCGUGGUAUUGGAGUCCAUCAUUCGGGUUUGCUACCAAUUGUUAAAGAAGUGAUCGAAAUCUUAUUUGGAGAAGGCUUGAUAAAAACGCUAUUUGCUACUGAAACUUUUGCGAUGGGAUUGAAUAUGCCUGCUCGCACGGUUUUGUUUACAUCGGCUAGGAAAUUUGAUGGAAAAGAUUACAGAUGGAUAACAUCAGGCGAAUAUAUUCAAAUGAGUGGGCGAGCUGGACGUCGAGGUAAAGAUGAUCGUGGCCUUGUGAUUCUUAUUGUUGAUCAGCAGAUGGGAGAAGAUGUCGCUAAGCAAAUAAUCAAAGGUGCGCCGGAUCCGCUUAAUUCACAGUUCCGCUUGACUUACAAUAUGGUUUUAAACUUACUAAGAGUUGAAGGGAUCAAUCCCGAAUUUAUGCUCGAAAACUCAUUUUAUCAGUUUCAAAACUAUGAUUCUUUACCUCGUCUUUAUAAAGUUGUGGAGGAAAAGAAAAAAGAACUUGCUACGUUCAAAAUCGAUAAAGAAACAGAAGUUGCCGGUUACUAUCAGUUGGAAAAGCAAGUAGAUUCACUAAAAAAGGAUGUGAAAGAAAUUGUCAUGAAACCUAAAUAUAUUGUAUCUUUUUUGCAAGCUGGACGGAUGCUUCAUGUGAUUUCAAACGACAAAGAUUUUGGUUGGGCUGCUUUGCUAGAUUUCCACAAAAAGGUAGAUCAAGGCACUUCUGUUGACGUCAACAUUACGUACGUAUUGGAUAUGUUAUUGGUAGUGUCAGAAGCAUCUGUAAAAAAUUUGCCAGAUGUCAUGUGUUUACGACCAGCUGGCUCAAAUGACAAAGGAACUGCGCACAUUGUAUCUGUUGCUCUGAACUGUAUAUGUGAGAUAAGCGCAGUGCGUAUUAAACUUCCGAAAAAUUUGAAAACAUCUGAAGGAAGGCACAGUGCUUAUAUGGUUAUGAAAGAAGUUUUGAAGAGAUUUGAUGGAGUUUUGCCUCUUCUCGAUCCUCUCAAUGAUAUGAAAAUAUCCGAACCAGUGUUACAGGACAAGGUCUUGAAAUUGCAAGCGUAUGAAAAAAGAAAGAAUGAUCAUCCGUUGAGGCAAGUGUAUUUUGAACUUUUAGUUCUUGUUAUUAUCAAUUUGUUUUUCUCACUUCAAGAAAAUUUUAGGAGCAUGAAAGAUUUUGAAGAAAUCCAUAGUAAGUAUGAAAAGAAACUGGAAUUGGAAGCAGAAUUAAAGGUGGCAAAAACUGAAUUGAAGAAAGCUCAAAGCUUGUUGCAGUUAGAUGAACUGAAAUGCCGGAAGCGUGUUCUUCGCAGAUUACAAUAUUGUGAUCAAAAUGAUGUUAUUACUCAUAAGGGGCGCGUUUCGUGUGAAAUUAGUGCUGCAGAUGAGUUGCUACUAACAGAAAUGAUGUUUGGUGGGGUUUUUACAGAACUCAGUCCACCACAAUUAGCUGCAUUACUUUCAUGUUUUGUAUUUGAAGAAAAAGCAAAUGCAACCAAAUUAGCUGAUGACCUUAGUGGGUGUUUGCGCGCAAUGCAGGAAUAUGCAAGACGUAUUGCACGAGUGACAAAGGAAUCGAAAAUUGAAAUUGACGAAGAAAAAUACGUUGCAUCUUUCAAACCACAUUUAAUGGAUGUGGUCUAUUCGUGGUGUACUGGUGCAUCUUUUGCUGAAAUCCUUAAAAAGUCCGAUGUUUUUGAAGGAUCAAUAAUUCGUUGCAUGCGGCGUCUAGAGGAACUGCUACGAGAAAUGGUGGGUGCUUCGAAAGCGAUCGGAAAUUCAGAUUUGCAAGAAAACUUUGAAAAAGCAAGAAUGCUUUUGAAACGUGAUAUCGUUUUUACAGCUUCAUUGUAUCUCUGA